GAGAGAGAGAGAGAGAGAGAGAGAUGGAAGUGAUUGAAGUUCUACACAUGAAUGGAGGAAUUGGAGAUGCAAGUUAUGCAAACAACUCAUUAGUUCAGACUUGGGUUGUUCCUCUGGUCCAAACACUUUGCUAGUGGUCUCUGAGCUCAUCAAAGCAGUUGACAAACUAUGCCGAAAAAUGGGAAACCACUCACCAGAGUUUCAAAUAUUCUUAAAUGACCUUCCCGGGAAUGAUUUUAACACGAUUUUUCGGUCUUUGCCGAGGUUCCAAGGAAAACUGACAGAACAGAUGGGAUCCGGAUAUGGACCUUGUUUUUUCUCUGGAGUCCCUGGUUCAUUUUAUGGUAGGCUUUUUGCUACAAAAAGUCUGCAUUUCGUCCAUUCUUCUUAUAGUCUUCAAUGGCUGUCCCAGGUUCCUGAAGGGAUAGAGAAUAACAAAAGCAACAUUUACAUGGCAAGUACAAGCCCGCCAAGCGUGCUACAAGCAUACUAUGAGCAAUUUCGAAGAGAUUUCUCGUUGUUCCUAAAGUGUCGUUCGGAGGAACUAGUCACCGGAGGCCGAAUGGUUCUAACUAUUCUUGGGAGGAAAAGUGAAGAUCCUUCUAGCAAAGAGUGUUGUUACAUUUGGGAGCUUCUAGCUAUGGUUCUCAAUGAAAUGGUUUCAGAGGGCCUUAUAGAAGAGAAGAAACUAGAUUCAUUCAACAUCCCCCAGUACACACCGUCUCCAGCAGAAAUAAAAUCGGAGGUCGAAAUAGAAGGAUCUUUUGGGAUUGACCGCCUCGAGAUUUCUAAAGUUCACUGGAAUGCUUACGACAAUGAAUUUUGUCCAUCAAAUGCCUUCAAGGAUGGUGGAUACAAUGUUGCACAGUGCAUGAGAGCUGUGGCUGAACCCUUGCUUCUCAGUCACUUUGGCGUAGCAAUAAUUGACGAGGUGUUCUGCAGGUAUAGGAAGAUUUUGGCUGAUAAAAUGUCCAAAGAGAGAACUGAGUUCAUCAAUGUCACUGUUGCAAUGACUAAAAAGAAGUUGUGA